UUAUAGGUACGGGUAGUAAUUGACAACUCUUACGCCCGGAUACAAGUAUUCCGUAUUCUUUAAUGAAACAUUUAGGCCAACAAAGGGAGAAAACAAAGAAACGAUGCCAUCAUACUGUGUGACCGGAGCAACCGGGUUUAUAGCCGCUUAUUUGGUAAAAGCUCUCCUUCAUCAAGGCGACAUUGUUCGUGCCACCGUCAGAGAUCCUGAUAAUGAGGAAAAGGUGUGGGAAUUACAAGGAGCCAAAGAAAGGCUAACACUAUUUUAAAGCUGAUUUAUUGAUUGAUGGUAGCUUUGAUUGAUGCUAUUAAUGGAGUUGAUGGGUUUCCACACUGUUUUUCUGCCUCCUGAUACCGAUGAUUUUCAGGAUGAAGAUGAACAACAAUGUUACAAAGCCAGAACGAGGGCUAAGAAAAGAAGAAGACAUGCUGAGUUCACUUCCAGACGAUAUCCUAACCAAAAUACUCAAUUGCCUCCCUAUCAACUCCGCUGCUGCCACCUCCGUCCUAUCCACCGGAUGGCGUCACCUCUGGACCGGAGUCACCAACUUUGUCGUGUUGUCCCAAACCGGCAAAAACAACGACGACGACGACAUCCUUUUUUUACAAAAGCUUAUAAAGCUGUCCUCUUUGAAACUGCACAACUUUCAUAUUGAAUUGAAAUCUCUAUCUACCUUUUCACAAAUAUCUAACUUUUUGAUAUCUAAUCCUUUAACAAAUACACUAGGAGAUCAAGAAUCAUGCUUCCGUGAAGUUUGCCGUCGAGAUGUGGAGAAUAUCAAUAUCUUCUGCCCCGAUAAGGAAAAUAGAUACUUUCUUUUGGUGCCAGACUUUGUGUUUAAAACCAAAUCUCUGGUAAGUUUAACUUUGGGUUGCAUGCAUAUUAUGUUUGAUAUGCCUGAAAACGUAGCUAUUCAACUUCCUAAUUUGAAGAAGCUUUAUUUGCGCCAUCUUACGGAAAUCCCUCCUUGGUUAGAAACCCUAUGUAAGUGUAGCCCUUUGUUGGAAGUUUUAGAUUUAGAGUUUAAAUUACUAGACAUUGAGCCUCGUAUUGUGAAUAUAUUUGCUGCCAAUUUGAAGUCAUUGAGGAUAAAGAGUUGUUACUCCAUGGUAAGUCAGACACAUCGCAACAAAAUCUUGAUUGAUGCACCCAAAUUGGAACACCUGACUAUAAUUGAUGGCUCUUCAUGUUAUUACUUGACCCAAAUUCCAACUACAUUACUGGAAGCAUCACUUGAUUUGACCAUAACUAGAACGAUGACUGAAACUGUAAUGGUAGGAGAUGAUGAUUAUCGUCGAGACAUGGCCAAGUUUGUUAGAAGAAUGUGUAAUGUUAGUAAGAAUCUUCACUUAAGACUUGAGAGAAACUCGAAUAUAAUCGGUUACCUUUCUAAUGGUGAAGUAAAUCAUGGAGUUAUGUUUGGUAAUUUAGCCACUCUUACAUUGAAUUUGGAAAGGUUUGGUCUGAUUGGGUGGGAGAAUUUGCUACUUUGUUUGCAAUGUUUUCCCAACUUAAAGAAUCUUGUGGUGCUAUAUUAUUGGCCUACGUUUUGGGAUCCACAUAGUAAUGAACCACCAGAUUGUUUGGUGAAUAAACUCAAGAAAAUAACAAUAUUUGGAUUGUUUAGGAAAACUCGUGAGCUUGAAUUGAUAGCUUACAUUCUGAGUAAUGCAACUGUUUUAGAAGAGCUUCAUAUAAGAGCUCCUUACCGCUUCUUUAAAUCUAAAGAAGAUCUACUAAGUUCGGGAAAUGAUGUUUGUAAGUCGUUGUUUGAACUUCCAAGGGCCUCUUCAACUUGUGUGAUUUGGUUUACAAUUGAUGAUAUGGUAGCAUCAAGUAAUGACUACAAAGAUGGAAUUUUUCGGAAACAACGUAUGGCUUUAGAGUUAUGAACAUUUUGAGUUUUAAGACAUGUAAACUUUGUAAUUCUUUUUUUUUUACUGCAUUUAAAAGCUAGAGCUAGCUUUCUGCAUUACGGAAUACCAAUUACCAAUUAAGUUUAUUAAUGUGAAAAUAUUUUCUAUUUUAAUUUGUUACAUGUUGAAUUUGUGA